AUGAUGUAUACUACUACUGACUACAAUUCUAUCUCGUUGUACAGGCUUUUUCGCAAUGCUUCGGGGGGACAACUUGCUACCUCUGUGCUUGCUAUCCUGGUUGGCCAUUUUGUGAUCAGGGGCAUCUAUCGACUUUACUUCCAUCCAUUGAGCAAGUUCCCCGGCCCCAAGUCCGCCGCAGUAAGCCAUGUACCAGAAGUGCUCGCGACAUGGCAAGGCGAACAGCACAAACGCGUGGCGUUGCUUCACGAGCGGUAUGGCAGCGUGGUUCGUAUCGCUCCAGACGAGGUCAGUUUUGUUCACGCCGAUGCGUGGAAAGACAUCUACGGCCAUGGUAGUAAGGGCACCUUGGGAGGCAUGCCUCAUAAACCCUGGCACCGUCAUACCAAUCCGAACGGAGCUACCUCUCUCAUCAUCGCACAAGACGCUGAUCACACCCGCAUGCGCCGCCUUUUCAAUCCUGCAUUCUCCGAGCGCGCGCUCAAACAGCAAGAACCGCUCUUCAUGAAAUAUGUCAACUUACUUGCAGAAAAGCUACACGAAGGCAUAGAAAGAGACCCAAACCACAAAUUCGACAUGCUCAAGAUGUACAACUUCACCACGUUCGACGUCAUGGGCGACUUGACCUUCGGAGAGCCUCUUCAGAUGUUGUCGAAUGCGACAUACGACCCAUGGGUAACCGCCAUCUUCGCUGCGACCAAGACGGGGACACGCCUCGGCCUAAUGGUUCAUUAUCCACUUGUGGAGAAAGCUUUCAAAGCACUCAUCCCGCCAUCUAUCAUGACGAAGAAGCGAUACGAACAUCACAAAUUUGCCGAAGAGCGCGUGACCAAAAGACUCGAAAGAGGCCGCGAGCACAAAGGUGUGGAUAUCUGGGAUCUGGUGUUGAACAAGUCGGAAGAGAAAGGCCUUUCGCGCCCCGAGAUGGACAACAACGCGGGCCUUUUCAUGAUCGCUGGUACCGAGACUACGGCGACGCUGGUUUCUGGCUUGACGGCGAUGUUGCUGGACCAUCCGCGGGCCAUGAAGAAACUGACAACCGAGAUACGAGGAGCAAUCAAAACGCCUGAGGACAUGACCAUCGAAAGGUGCGCUGCGCUGCCGUAUCUGAAUGCUUGUAUCAAGGAAGCGCUGAGACUCUACCCACCUGUGGCUACUGGGAGGCCCCGAGUGUCGCCGCCGGAAGGCUCGACUGUUUGCGGACACUAUGUUCCUCCGGGUUGGAUCGUCAGCGCACCGCAUCUAGCCAUGUAUACGUCAGCCAGCAAUUUUAAGGACCCGGUCUCUUUUAUCCCUGAGCGCUGGCUUGGAGACGCCCGAUUCGAAAGCGACAAGCGACACGCCCUGCAGCCCUUCCAUGUUGGACCUAGGGAUUGCUUAGGCAAAAACAUGGCUUACCACGAGAUGCGCUUGAUCAUGACGAGAGUGCUUCACACGUUCGAUUUGGAGCUUUGCGAGGAGAGCGGAAAUUGGAGGGAUCAGCAUUGUUACGUUCUUUGGGAGAAGAAGCCAUUGAUGUGUACAGUAAAGGCUGUGAUUUAG